UCAGCUUGGGAAUUCCGGGUAGCAACAAAAUAAAUACAAACACGACGGCCAAUCACAAAGGGCAGGGGGCGUGCCGUACAUUCCGCUUUUCUGACUGUUUACUUCCGUCAAUAUUCAAAGACAAGCAGAAAAUAUCAACAUAACAAAGGAACCGCUGUGUAACAAAAUGCCAUUCUUGGGCCAAGACUGGAGAUCUCCGGGCUGGAGCUGGAUCAAAACUGAGGAUGGAUGGAAACGCUUUGAAUAUUUCGGCUUGGGAGAUAACAUCAAUGAACUCAAUUUGGGAGAAUUGGACAAUGAUAACAAGGAGAACGUAUUUGUGGGAGAUGUUUGUGAAGUCGCUACCAAGAAGAGAAAAAAGGACUUUUUCAACAACAACACAAAAUCACAAUUUUUGUUUCAAGAGAAAUGGAUUUAUGUUCAGAAGGAGAGUACGAGAGAGAGGCAUGGAUACUGUACACUUGGUGAGGCCUUUAACCGUCUGGAUUUUUCCAGUGCCAUUCAUGACGUGCGUCGAUUCAACUAUGUGGUCAAACUUCUGCAGUUGAUCGCCAAGUCCCAGCUGACAUCUUUGAGUGGAGCUGCUCAGAAGAACUACUUUAAUGUCUUGGAGAAGAUUGUGAAGAAAGUUCUGGAUGAUCAUCAGAACCCACGACUGAUCAAGGCGUUGCUGCACGAUCUCAGCUCCACCCUCUGCAUCCUCAUGCGAGAGGUUGGGAAAUCUGUGCUGGUCGGCAACAUUAACAUUUGGGUCUGCCGUUUAGAAACUAUCCUAAACUGGCAACAGCAGCUCAACAAUUUACAAAUUCCAAAGAAUGUUUCAAAAGGGAUGACGCUCAGUGACCUCCCUCUUCACAUGCAAAACAACAUCCUGUACAAGUUUUCUGAUGCCUGUGACAUCAUCAACCUGGGACAAACCACACCAACAUUGCACAUGCUCAGUGAGGACCGGCAACUGUGGAAGAAAUUGUGCCAAUUUCAUUUUGCCGAGAAACAGUUUUGCAGGCACUUGAUCCUAUCAGAGAAGGGCCAUGUCGACUGGAAGCUGAUGUUUUUUACGCUUCAGAAAUAUUACCCUCAGAAAGAACAGUAUGGAGACACACUGCAGUUCUGUAGGCACUGUAGCAUCCUCUUCUGGAAGGACAGACACCUGGCUUUGCUCUUUAAGGAUUCGGGACAUCCAUGCACAUCAAAUGAUCCAGACAGCUGCCUCACCCCUGUCUCACCCCAGCAUUUCAUAGACCUCUUCAAAUUCUGAGAUUCACAAUGUUCUUGGAUCCGUCACCUUACGAUCUUCUAGGGAACAGCUGCAAAACCUCUAACCAAGACUAUGAACCUGAUUAAACUCUUCAAAUUCAA